AUGUUUAGACCAAAUUCAAGGUACUUUUUACGCUCGUGUAGAAGACUUUAUUCCACAUCCAAGGAUCUAAUAGUUGAUGGUAAAACUUAUAAGAAUGAUUCUUGGACCAACGUUCCACCAUAUAUGUUAGAGUUGAUUACUCGUAAACUCCACAAAAACCCAAACCAUCCAAUUGGUAUUUUGAAUGAUUUAAUUAAGAAAAGUAUUCAAGGAAUGGAUUAUACUAUUUAUGAAGAUUUCCACCCUAUAGUUACAAAGUUUCAGAAUUUUGAUAGUUUGGGUUUCCCUGAAGAUCAUCCAGGUAGAUCUAAAUCUGAUACCUAUUAUCUUAACAAAGAUCAUUUAUUGAGAACCCAUACUUCUGCACAUGAACAAGAAUGUUUUAUUAAUUGUAAAACUAAAGGUUAUUUGAUUACAGCAGAUGUUUACAGAAGAGAUGAAAUUGAUAGGACACAUUACCCUGCUUUUCAUCAAAUGGAAGGUGCCAGAGUGUGGAGUAAAAAUGAUCCAAACUUAUUUAAAACUAUUCAAGAUGAUAUUGAUUCUAUUCCAAAAACAAAUAUUAUUGUUGAAGAUCCAUUCAGAGAUAAGCCUGUUACAAAAGACAAUCCAAUGCAAAAAUAUAUGAAUGAAGAAGAAGUCAGACUUGUUUCCAUUCAUUUGAAAAAAACUGUUGAAUAUAUUGUGAACCAAGUUUUUGAAAAAGCCAAAGAAUCUGCCAAGCUUGCUGGAUCAACUGAACCUUAUUUGAACGAACCAUUGAAAAUAAGAUGGGUUGAAGCUUAUUUCCCAUGGACUUCUCCAUCUUGGGAAAUUGAAGUUUGGUGGAAAGGUGAAUGGUUGGAAUGUUGUGGAUGUGGUGUUGUUCAACAACAGGUUUUAUUGAACUCCAAUUUGGGUGAAGAUAAAAUAAGUUGGGCUUUUGGUAUUGGUUUAGAUAGAAUUGCUAUGUUGUUAUUUGGUAUUCCAGAUAUUAGAUUGUUCUGGACAUUGGAUGAAAGAUUCCACAAGCAAUUCCAACAAGGUCAUGUCAGUACAUUCGUUCCAUAUUCAAAAUACCCAGGUGUUAAAAGAGACGUUUCAUUUUGGUUACAAAAUGAGUUACAUGCUAAUGAUGUUAUGGAAAUUGUCAGAUCUCAUGCUGGUGAUUUGGCGGAAAGUGUUGUUCUUGUUGAUGAAUUUACACAUCCAAAAACUGGCAAACAAUCCCAAUGUUAUAGAAUUAAUUACCAAUCAAUGGACAGAAACUUGACCAAUGUGGAAAUUAACGAAAUUCAUGAUAAAGUUGAAAAAGAAUUGGUUGAUAAAUUUAACGUAGAAAUUAGAUAA